CCGCAAUAACGGCGAAAAUGUUCGGCAAGGUGCCACCCUCGAACACACCAGGGCCACCUACGAACGAUGGGGCACCCGGCAAAUCGUGCGCCAGGCCGACGGCUACCACUUGCCUGCCUUGUUUCUCGGUCGACGAGGCCCCGCCCAUCCUCACCGACGAAAAAUCGAAACCUUGGAGGCCCAAGGAAAACGUACCCGUGGUCUCGGAGGCGCCUUCCACGGGAAUGGAGGAUAAACAAAAACUGUGGAGAACGAAGGAGAAUUGCAACGCCUCCGUGAUAUUGGAGCCACCCUGCAUCACCCUGGACGACAAGUCGAAGCCUAAAAGGGCGAAGGAAGGAUCCUCGAACGAGUAUUCCGAGGACAAGUCGAAGUCCUGGUGGCCCAAGGAGACCGUUAACCCCGAGUUAUUAUCCGAGGAUAAUAAACCCAAAAGCCUGGCCAGCCACAAGUGCUCGUCCAACUCCAAUUGCGUCAACUUCGGGAAAUCGAGUAAUUGCGCACCGGCCACGAAGUCGCAAAGGGUGCUGUGCUCCACCAGCCUGAGCAAUCUGAACGUGGACAACGCCGCGGGUAGCCCGAGGGAUUCCUCGAAGCUGGUGAAGAAACACGCUGGUCCGAGCCGCGAGUUCCUCACCGGUAAGGAGCAACAUUUGCCUGGAAAGUCUGUUUCGCAGAGGAGCGUGGGGCAGGGUGGCCAAGUUGCGGGUGCCAAGUCUGGCAGCAGGUCUUCCGAUUCCAACGACGAGACGGCCAACUCGUCCAUGGACUACACCGCCAUUUCUGUGAUCCAGUCGACAGACGAGCCCUGCCAGAAGUCCAAGUAUCACGCGAACGAGAACGACAUUGUGGACAUGGUCGCCUCGGCAACCUCCGCCACCUGCGAGCAAAGAAACUGCAGGGGAGAUUUUGCCACGUCGACGCCUGCCAAGGAUUGGAUGAAGUCUAACGGUGACGCGUUGCAGCAGAGCUGCGUUUCCUGUUUGCCCCAGGAUCUUCCUACGGAGCUGCAGUUGUCCUCGCCGAGGAAUUACAGGGAGAAGUGCCGCGAUCCGUGGCGGCCCACCGAAAUGGAGAGCAAUAUUUGCAACCUGAACGUGUGCCCCAGUGAUGCGUAUCAGGAUACGGGCACGAAGAGGAGGACGGGCGCUUCCUGUCAGGCGUUGAGGCAUGCGGUCGCCUCGUUGAACCGAUUGGACGAUUUUUAUAUGGAGAAGAUCGGCGCUGGCUUCUUCUCUGAGGUCUUCAAGGUUACUCACAAAGUGACGAGUCAGGUGAUGGUCCUGAAGAUGAACCAGCUGCCCGCGAACAGACCGAACAUGUUGAAAGAGGUCCAGCUAAUGAACAAGCUCAGCCAUCCAAACAUACUCAGGUUUAUGGGGGUUUGCGUUCACGAGGGACAAUUGCAUGCCCUGACAGAAUAUAUAAACGGUGGCAGCUUAGAGCAAUUGAUCAUGUCUAGGCACACAUCUUUACCCCAUCUAAUCAGAAUGAAUCUAGCAAAGGACGUAGCACGUGGCAUGACCUAUCUUCACAGUCGUGGACUCUUCCAUCGAGAUCUCACGUCUAAGAACGUUUUGAUCAAGAAGGAUGAGAACACUUUUGAAAUGACCGCCGUAGUUGGAGAUUUUGGAUUGGCUGCAAAAAUUCCAGAUCCAAGCUCUGGAUACAGAUUGAGCACAGUAGGCAGUCCGUAUUGGAUGUCGCCUGAAUGUUUGAAGGGUCAAUGGUACGAUCAUAGAUCAGACGUUUUCUCGUUCGGCAUAGUAGUUUGUGAGCUUAUCGGCCGUGUGCCUGCCGAUCCGGAUGUUCUACCACGGUCGGAUAAUUUUGGCCUCGAUUAUCUAGCCGUGGCAGAGAUCUGUGCAGCAGCUGAUCCGCCGCCAGCCUUCCUGCAGCUCGCCUUCAAUUGUUGCACUUAUGAACCAAAAUCAAGACCGACUUUCCCAGAAAUUACCUCCAGCCUAGAGACUAUGAUCACCAAUUAUGAAGAAUCUAAAAACAACAUAGGCAAGCGUCAAUCCGUGGAUCCUAAUCUCAUGUCCAGCAUGGACGAAAUUACAAGAGAAGGACGUUCCACUAAACGUAAAACUGCUCGUCUUCGGAGCCAAUCAGCUGAUGCAAGAGGUUGCGAUAAUGCGACACCUUCCGACAAGGCGAGAUGUCAUUCUGCAAGGAGAGUAGCGGAAUUGGCAAGCAGAAGGGAUCCACAUUACAGACCUAUGACGGCGAAUCCGUUCCAUGCGCUGGGCGGUGUGAAGAAAAUUCUCGGUGACUUGUUCUCUAGUUGUCUGGAACUUCCAUCUCUGGAGGAUGUUAGGCCUAGUGUCACCGAUGCUAUCGCCAAAUUCAAACCUGCGCAGAACGACAGUAUCGCGAAGAUCUUGGACAGAAAGAAACCUAAUUCGGAACCUAGCAGUCCUACUGCCAGGAAAAAAUGGGAAAGAAAGGUGGCCACGAAGGUAGGCGCAGCCAGCUUGUUCAUGCAUCCGCUUUUCCGAGACGGAUGGGAGCCAAGAAGGCGCGGCAGCUGCGAAUCAGGUUUCUGGAGCUGCGUAGGUGAAGAUCUCAGUCCAGAGCCACCAAAUCGUCGUCAUACCUCCACUCUAAGCAGUUCUGCUGCGAGCAGUCUUUUCUUAUUAGAUGAUCAUCGAACCAGUUCCAUUUACACCGACUCCUCCGAGGACAUAGCCAGCCUAGGUGGUGGUGAUUCCUGUUGGGAGGACAGAUUAAGCGGCAUAGGGUCUUCCAGUAAAACAAUCUCCAAGAUAGUCGAAUAUUUUGAGAAAAAACAGGCUGGUAGCUUGCGUUUAACCGAUUACGAUGCCGGCUCCAGCAGAUUAACCUUGCUUAAGGCCAGCUUGGAGGGUCCUGUACCACUGUGCAACAUCUCAGCUGCGCAGAGAUUGGUCGUUUGCGAGGGUGCUGUGCGCAGCAAACUAUCCUUGUUUGACAAAAAGUGAUACACGUCACUUGCACGUCGUAGAAUUCGUUCCUUAGGGUUUCUUGGUUCUCUCUGCCGAUAUCUGUGGAAUCACUGUGCGAAACACAGGUGUCUAUAAAGAAGAAACGCUUCGACGAUUGUGAAAUUGUUGAAGAGUGGCGGCUCAUAUCGAUGCGACGAAAAUAUUGGAGAAAAGUAACGAUCAGAGGAGGAAGUAAGGUCUAACGCUUAAGUAAGGUCGGGUCGCAUGCGAAAGAAAAAUUAGGGGAAUCGAAUGAACGAUUAUAUUUUCAUUGGACUUUGAAAUGGUUUAAAGGGAUUUGAACAGGGUCAGUAUUAACUACUUAAAUUCGAGUUAUCCGGUUUUUCAAAUCCAAUGGAAAUACGGUCAAUUAUUGAAGUUCAGCGGACGCUUCUCUAAAAAAA